AUGAAAAGUUUGAAUAUAGCUAACAAAGGUAAUAAACCCACAUUUAUUAACGCAAUUAGAGAAAAGGUACUAGAUCUCACUCUAUGCACCAGAGGUAUUGAGGAAUCUACAUGGAAUUGGCAUGUGUCGGACGAAGUGUCCCUCUCUGACCAUCAACAUAUUAGGUUUGAAAUUCCCGGUAUAUCCGCACAGCAAGAAAAAGUUUACCGACCCAGAAAAACCGAUUGGCACAGGUACAGGGACUUAGUGUGUUCCGCAAACUUUUCCAUAGCUCGGCCUUUACAAACUGUAGAAGAGUUAGAGUUAGCCGCUAACCACUUAGGUGAGGUAUUACUAACCUCCUUUCAUAACAGCACGGUUGCAGGCAAUGCUACAAUUUUGGGUAAGGUUUCUUGGUGGAACUCGCAACUAGCUAAUAAGCGCAAAUUAGUAAGGAGCUUAUUCAAUAGAGCAAAACGCUCAGGUACUUGGGAAGAAUAUAAAAUUGCACUCACUGACUACAAUAAAUCAAUCAGACAGUCCAAACGGACUAGCUGGCGAAGCCACUGUGAAAGUAUUGAGAAGCUGCCCGAGGCUGCCAGACUACACAAGGCAUUAACUAAGGUCAAAAAUAACGAAGUAGGCCUUCUAAAAAAACCCGAUGGAUCCUUCACCACUGGCCGUGAAGAUACCCUUGAGUUUCUGUUGCAAACACACUUCCCUGGCUCUUUAAUCGGAGCAUCAACAUCAAAAUCAAACAGAGAAGUAACUGCUCCUACACGUCAGGAAGACGCACUUUCUGGUGUUAUCUUUGACAAGGACAAGGUGAAAUGA